AUGCAUGUGAUCAAAGAAGGACUCUCGGAAAGCACCAUAAGGAACUCGGAACAAUUGAGUGGAACUAAUAUUUCAAUUGAAGUCUUCUCUUAUUCUGAUAACAUAAUGCAAUUUAUAUUGACAAAUUCUGUGACAAUGAACAUUAUGAAGGUCUUCGUUCUCAUCAUAUGCCUUUUGGGAUUAGUGGGGAAUGGAAUGGUCAUCUGGCUUCUUGGCUUCCGUAUUAAGAGAAAUUCUUUCACCACCUAUAUCCUUAACCUGGCCAUAGCUGAUUCAGGGGUCCUCAUUUCUCUAUUUAUUCUUACUAUGUUUUCAAUUGUACUAUUUAUUUCAUAUUUCACAGUAUAUAGGUUCGCUAUAUUUCUAUAUAUGCCUUCAUUUUAUUCUUUAGUUUUUGAACUGUUUUUUUUCAUGUAUUCUAGUGGUCAAUUUCUACUUGCAGCCAUCAGCAUUGACAGAUGUGUGGCUAUCCUCCUCCCACUGUGGCAUCGAUGCCACAAGCCACCACGUUUAUCUGCCAUUGUGUGUGCUGUAAUAUGGAUUAUCUCCUUCCUGCUCUCUGUUAUUCACUUCACUUGUUUAAUUACUGGGAAACUUGUAAGUGUUGCCAUUUUAUUACGCCUUCUGGUGAAUGCUUUCUUUGUCACUCCACUCAUGGUUGUCUCCACACUGACCCUGUUCAUCAAAGUCUGCUGUAAAUCACAGCAGCGUCGACGUGGAAAGCUGGUCACCGUCAUCUUGCUUACGCUUCUCUUCUUCCUCAUCUUUGCUUUCCCUCUGAAUGCUGUGCUUAUCAGCACAUAUGCUGAUGUUUUAAAUGGGAUCCUCAUGCAACUAGGUAUCUUUUGUACCGUUCUAAACAGUAGCAUCAACCCAGUGAUUUAUUUCCUAGUUGGGAGGAGACAGAAGAAAGGUCGCCCCAGGGUGUCCAUGGAAAUUGCACUCCAGAGGGUGUUCAAGGAUGACGAAGAUUGUGUCGAAGAGCAGAAUGCCACAGCUGAGGCCGAAGUCGAGUUAUCAUGCCCCUUAAGGACAUGA